AUGAGUGACGCAGAUAAAAUGGAAAUAGAUGCAGAAGGUAUUGAAGAGCAACAGCAAGAAGCUCAAACUGAAUCGCUUCAGAAAAAGAAGAAGUUCGAAAUCAAAAAAUGGACCGCGGUGGCAUUUUGGUCGUGGGAUAUUGCAGUUGAUAAUUGUGCUAUUUGUAGAAAUCAUAUCAUGGAGCCAUGCAUUGAAUGCCAGCCAAAGGCUAUGACUGAUCCAGAUAAUGAAUGUGUGGCAGCAUGGGGUGUCUGUAAUCAUGCCUUCCAUCUUCAUUGCAUUAAUAAAUGGAUAAAAACCAGAGAUGCUUGUCCAUUAGAUAAUCAACCUUGGCAACUUGCUAGAUGUGGUAGGUGA